AUGGCUGUCACUGUGGGUUUGGCCGGAAUCACCGGGAAUUUUGGUCGCUUGCUUGCCACUCAUCUCAUCAAGAACCCCAAUGUGAUCCUUCGAGGAUAUGCUCGGGAUCCUAGUAAAGUCAUCCCAUCCAUUACUUCGGCUCCCAAGGUCCAAAUCUUCCAGGGUAGUCCAUUCGAGGAGGAUAAAGUCCACGCCUUUGCCAAGGGCUGUGAUGUCGUUAUCUGCUCAUAUCUAGGUGACGAUAAGCUCAUGGUUGACGGGCAAAAAGCGUUAAUCGAUGCAUGCGAAGCAGAGGGUGUGGCACGAUACGUCGCCAGCGACUGGUGCUUGGAUUACACAAAGCUUGAAAUUGGAGAGCUUUUCCCUAAGGACCCAAUGAUACAUGUCAAGGCAUAUCUUGAAGCAAAAAAGAAUGUCAAGGGUGUCCAUAUUUUCGUCGGCGGCUUUAUGGAUCCUGUUUUUAGCCCUCUAUUCCAAACAUUCGAUCCUGCAACAUGCACCUUCCGCUAUUGGGGUGACGGAACAGAGCCUUGGGAGGGCACAUCUUAUGAUAAUGCCGCUGCCUAUACUGCUGCUACAGCAGUCGACGGUAGCGCUACCGGUGUCCAAAGGAACGUAGAUGUCUUCAACAAUGUCGACUUCCCCUUCGUACUGGCCAAGACUGCCAACGGAUAUGCCAUGUGA